AUGGGAAACACUUCUAGGGAGUCCGUUUUCGAUGGCUCUAUCCCAUCUAAGGAGACUCCAUCCAACACCCAGCCCGAUCAGUCCCUCUUUACAUCACAAAGUGCUCUCGCUUACACGGGGGGUGUCACCGCGGGACUGGCUCCUGUCGGCACUCUUCUCCAGCAACCCCAGAGCACCGCGUCAAGCAUAGCUGCCCGAGGCGAUAAGGUUCACCGUGAGGUCUACGACGCUUUGGCCAAGUUCAGCCAGGCAUCAACCAAGUAG